CGAACAAAACCUCGAGUCAGGACCCAAAUUAAAUAGCCGUUGCUGGCCCAAAUACUUGUUGUCAGACAGAUUGGGCCGAAGGAUCAUUAACCGGCCCACAAAUUCGAGACCUUGUAAAAUUCCAUAUAACCACAGCCAUCCAUUAGGUUUCCGAAUCAGCGUGCUCCGUCCCGUCCUAUAAAUUGAAGCUACUUUCAUUUUGUUCAGUAAAACCCUAGUUUUCGUUUACAGUGGCAAUUGGGAUUUAGGGAUUUUGGUUCCUCUCAGAGCACGUGCUCAAGAGCCUUAAGGACUCCAUCAAAACCCUAAAAUCUUUCCUUGAUGCUUAUGGUGGAAACGCUUGGAAUCAUGCAGAGGUGUGUUGAUUCUGUGGUUUCCAGAGCUUCGUCCGCGGAUCCUGCAUUGUUCGGAUGGCCAGUGAGUGACGCCACUACUGCUUCCAAACAGGUCCUCUGGAAUGGAAUUGACGGUUCAGGAAGAAGAAAGGCCGGCACCGGUCAUGACGAUUCUUGGUUUGAAGAUCUGGCGCUUUUGCGUUUGCCUCUGUUCAAGAGAUUGAUUCUUGCGAUGAAAACUGCGGAGCUGAGUCCUAAGAUUAUUGAAACAUGCGUGAUGUAUUAUGCUAAGAAGUACAUUCCUGGUGUUUCAAGAUCGAAUCGGAAGCCAUUGCCGUUACCUUCGUUGUCGUCAUCCGUUGCGACAGAACGUAGCAGAAGGAGCUUCUGGAGACGCUGGUUUCAAAUCUUCCACUUCAGAAGAGUUCGAAGGCCGCAACAGCGAUGAGGUUUUUUUUAGGAUUGUUACGAACAACGAAUAUACUGAGCAUAAAUAGUCGCUAGAAUCAAAAGGGGUUGCGUUAAAAUGGGAUAGAGAUUGAGGUUGUAGUUGUUGGGUUGUGAGUGUGAAGGGAAUAAAGAGAUAAUUGAUGACGACGAUUUCGAUUAAUAGCCCAUAGACAAGUUCGUCAUUUGCUCUGUGUUUGUUUGGUCUGAAUAUAUUGUUUAAAUUGAUUGGUGAGGAAGGAAUUACGAAAUUGGUGUUGGUCAGUGGUAAUGGAUGUCACAUUGGAUGCUUAAAGGCUCCUAGUUAUUGAUAUUUGGUGGUGCUGCCAUUUUAUAUUGUGUUUUUUAUCAUUGUGUUUUCCACUCACUCGUCUGA